UAAUAAACCUUCAGAUUCGUGAUCCUGCAUUUUUGGCGGUAAUGCGAAUAAUGGUUGACGAUCAGUGUGACUAAUGUCGUCGCUGUGAUAGUCUGGGGUACGAUUUUACAGUAAGCCAAGAAGAUGGGUAUUACCGGGUUAAUCCCGUUCCUAGAGAAAGCCUCAAGAAGAACAAACAUCAACGAAUUCGCCGGUAAAACUGUCGCGAUCGAUUCUUAUUGUUGGCUGCACAAAGGCGCGUUCUCUUGUGCCGAGAAACUGACUUCUGGACGGCAUACGAACUCAUACGUGAAUUAUUGUAUGAAGUACGUGGAUAUGUUGUUAUCGCAUAAUAUAAAACCAAUUCUCGUAUUUGACGGAAGACAUUUGCCUGCUAAGGCACAAACCGAGGCCAAACGACGGGAGAAUAGGAGGGCAAACCGUGAGAAGGCUGAUCAACUAAUGAAAAUGGGGAAUUACGCGGAAGCAAACAACUUAAGAAAGAGAUCAAUUGAUAUUACACACAAAAUGGCUUUAGAAUUAAUUAAACAAUGCCAGAAGAUAAACGUCGAUUGUAUUGUUGCACCUUAUGAGGCAGACUCUCAGUUAGCGUAUUUAAACAUUAAUGGAAUAGCUGAUGUGAUUAUUACAGAGGAUAGUGAUUUACUGUUGUUUGGUUGUAAGAAGGUAUUUUUUAAAAUGGACAUGUAUGGCCAUGGCCUCUUAAUCGAUCAUGAACAACUGUACCUUGCGAUGGAUACGAGUCGAGAGAAGUUUAGCAUGGACGAUUUUAUUCAUAUGUGCAUUUUAUCAGGCUGUGAUUAUUUGCCAUCCCUUCCUGGAAUCGGGUUGGGUAAAGCACGAAAGUUUAUUAAACUGAACACAAACUGUGAUAUACAUCAAGCUUUAACACGAUUGGGAUCGUACUUAAAAAUGAAAUCGUUAGUCGUUACGCAGGAGUACAGAGAUGCAUUUAUAUUCGCAGUCGUUACCUUUAGACACCAGUUGGUUUAUUGUCCAUUGAGAAGGAAACAAGUCCGCUUGAAUCCAGCACCGCCCGACGUGACGAAAGAACAGUUGCAUUACGCGGGCGAGGAAACCGAUCCGGAGAUCGCGUUGCAGCUUGCUCUAGGAAAUUACGACCCUUUUACUUUAGAGAAACUUCACGAUUUCGACCCUGACAGAGCGGAGAAUCGAAGUACGGGACGAACGUCGUCUCAACGUGCCAGCAUAUGGUCGAAAAAAUAUAAACUAAGAAGUGACUCGCAAGAGUCGCCUCCCAAAGAGAAUUCGGUUCUGAAGAAGUCUGUAAAUAAUCGUAGAAGUCGUUUAACGAAUGUAACACUCGUCGGGCGAGAGGAUAACUUCGAGUGCGAGAAAUUGAAUCAACAAGAGAUUCUAAAUUUAUACGAAUCCGGAAUGGCGACGGGUAUUGGAAAUAAUUCGGACGUGAACGAGGUACCCCUCGAGGAGAGUAAAAAGUCUCCCGAUUUGACAAAGCGAAAUCCAUUUUUAAAACAGUCGUCUGUCAGUUCUCCGGAUGCACGAUCUUCUCCCGAAGAACGUGCAACUUCGCCCGUUUUGACGAGGGAUAGAAUCAUCGGACGAUUACCUGGUAGCGACAAUGAGACCUCUCCGAGUUUUCUAAAUACAGAUGUUAAUCAGAUAAAAUCUAGAUACAUAAGGCGCGGGAAGCGUCCCAGACGCAGAAUCGUAUUACCUGAAGGAGUUAUCACCGAGAGUAAAUUCUUCGCUAAGACGACUUCCGAAAUGAAUGUUGAAAACGAAGAGAGAACCGGUAUAAACGAAAUAGACAACACUCAUUUAGGAACAAAUGGCGAAGUAAAGAACGUUUACUUCGAUUCUCCCGAGAAGUCUAAUGAAAAAGCAGAUUUACAUGUCGCAAGUAACGACAGACACAGCACAUCGCGUGUAUUGAACAAAUGGAGAAAUGAGAAUCCUUCGAAUCGCGACAUGGUUCAAACGCAUCCGAAUGUUAUAAUUGAUGAGUCGCCCUUGAAGGAAGACAAUACAAAUAAAUUAGAAGAAUCACUUUUAAGUGAAUCGAUGAAGAAGAAUAGUAUGAAUGAAUUAGAAGAAUCGCUUUUAAGUGACUCGAUGAAGGAGAAUAAUAUGAAUGAAUUAGAAGAAUCGCAUUUGAACGUAUCAGUAAAUGAGCCCAUGAAGGAAAAGAAUAUAAGUAAAUUAUACGAUUUAAAUCGUCCGUUAAUAUCACCAGAAUUUGACAUAGACCCCGACUUCUUGGUUCAACGCGGAGUUAUAGACGCUGUAAAUUGUAGUUUCGGAUGGUCUGAUAACAAUGUUCGUCGAGGAUCUCCUAGUAAUAAGAUGAAACAAACUAAGAGUUAUUCAAACUCUCGAGCAAGUAUAUAUGGAAAAGCGAAGGACGGUACACGUCGGAAGCAAAUAGGUUUAGAAAAGAGGCAACAGAGUUUAUUGAACUUCUUCGACGCGAAGCGAAAGAUCGAGAAGAAAAUGAAGCUAAAGGAGAAUUUGGACAUCAAGCUUGGAUCUACGGAAGAUCGAAUUAAAAUGAUAAAGAAGCAGCUUAGUAAUUUAAAGACAGAGCAGGAUAUGAACCAGAAGCUUCUGACCAGCCAUUCGACGCGGCUGAGGACGGAGGAGCAUCAUUACCGCUUGAACUGUAACGCUGAAUCGAGCUUCCGGCAAGAAGCGCGAGACCUACAUAAAGAAUGGAAAGAAGUGAACGAGACUGUAACUAAUAUAGAGAAGGAGUUGGAGAAGAUGACGAGGAAAGUAGAGACGUCGAAGAGCAUGGUUCAAUACGACGAGAAAUGUCUAAAGGAAUUGGAGGAGAUAUUGAAUGAGAACGAGGACAAUAAUCAAUUGAUAGAACAGUACAUGAAAGAUGACCUGAAGGAGUAUAAAGAAUUGGAUUUGAAGAGGCAAAAGCUCACCAAAGAAUUACAAUCGUAUCGCGACUCGAUCACUAGGACGACUAACGAAGCACGGGAAAUGGAAAUUAUUCUUAAUCGAACGUCCGCUUUAUACGAUCAGUCCUUAGCGGAGUAUCGGCAAAUGUUUAAUCAGUGGAAAGAAAGCGUAGCGAUGUUACAGCAGAGGAACGACGACAUUAAGAAACUCAUCCAAGAGACUGAAACGUUGCAUAACGUAUCGGAGGAGAAGAGAAAGGUACUUCAAGAGUCAGAGAAAUUCUUGAAGGAACAAAUGGAUAACAACAAGCAGCUUCAAGAGUCGAUUAAGAAGCAGGAAAAGAAUCUCGCUUCGAUGAAAGAGGAACAGGGUAAAAUGAAGGAAAUGAUUAUCAUGUACGAGGACCAGAUCGUCAUACAGAAGAACAUUCUGAAAGAGUUGACUCAACGUCUGCAACAAGUGAGAGCUGAUAUCAAACACAAGGAGUCACAGAUUAAAAUUAAAUACGAAAAGAUAGAAAAAACAAAUAAACAAGUGACCGAUCUGGCUGCAAAAUUGGAUGAAAUCACUAAUCAAAAGUUGGACAUCGAAGGGAAGGCACGAGAACUCGAAGGGAUGAUCGAGGAACAGGAAAAGAAGAGGUCGAGAAUGAUGAAGGAAAUGAAUCGACUGCAAACGGCAAAUUUACGUAUUACAAAUCAAAUACAAGAGUUGGAGAACGAGAGCAAAGUUCUAAAAACGCAGCACGAGAAGGAAUCUAAGAAGCAUGAAUAUUUAGAGAAAUUACACGACAAGGAGGAGCACUUUUUAGACGAGAAGAAGGAGGCCUGGUAUCAAGUUAAAUUCGAGCUUCAAAAGUCGGAGAUGAAAUUGGACAGGCUGAGGGGCUACGAGCACGAUAAGUCUGAAGCUGAGAAGAAGCAGAACAAGAUCGAGGAGCUCCAAAGCGUUCUAGACGAGAGGAUGAAAGUCUCGAAAUUGUUACAAAAACAAAUCGGAGCUCUGGAGGAUGAAAUGAGGAAAAUAUCAAGCAGCCUGGGGCAUGACAACGACGAGCUGCAAUACUUGAGAAACAAAAGACAAGACUUGGUACUUCUUAUGAACGCAGGAGAGAAACAGCUAAAGGCCGCAGAGACUCGUUACGAAGAGAAGCAAGUAGAGGAAAGUAUGCUCAGGCUGAGAGUGUCGCAAAUGGAAAAAAUGAUAUCCAACAUCGGAGACAACGUUUACGACUUGGAGAGACAUAAACUUGAAUUAGAAGCGGCGAUGCGAGAGCGGAGAGCGGAAAUAGCGGUGCAAAAGGAAUCGUUGAUGAUUCAAAAACGAGUGGCUGACAGCGAGUGCUCCGAGUUGAGAUGCGCCAUUGGCGAGAGAGCGAUACGGAUAAAACAAUUACAAGCUAGAUACGAUAGCACGACGGCAUUGUUGGGCAGUAAUCCCGAUGGUACCCCGAUUAAUACCACAUAUCUCAAGAUUCAAAAUGCGCAGGAGAAGUAUCUUUUGCAAGAGCAAGGUGACAAGUUAGACGAAACGAUCAGAAAAACGGAGGAGGAGAUACAGGCGAUGGAAAAUACUUUACGAGUAGUGAACGUCUGCAAUGACAAAUAUAAGAUAACUGUGAACGCGGACGACGAGAAGAGGCCAGAAGCCGAGGAGCAUAAGAAGUUGAACGAAGAGCUGUGGGGCGCGGAACAGAGCUUAAGAGAAAAGAAGGAUGAAUUGCAAUCGUUAACAGAGGAGAUGCAGAAAAUACAAGCCGAGUACCUGCAGAUCUUAAAAGAUACAGAGGAGACUCAGGAAAGUGAAGAGAAUAAGAAUCAAUAUUUGAUCGAUCUCAAACAGCAGAUACAGGAACAGGAGGAAAAGAUAUCGAGAGCUAACAAAAGUUUGCAGAAUGCCAAAAGAAGUAUUCAAAGAUUGUUCGAAACUACAGGAGAUAGAAACGUGCUCGUACAAGCGAGAGAGAUAGAACUGCGCGAGCUUCAAGACCAGAAUACUGUCGUUUUACAAGACAUCGCUGAAUUCACUGUUCAACAUAUGGAAGCUGAAUCUUACGUGAAAAAGCUGUUACUGUCUCGGAAUAUCGAAUUACCGGCUAUACCGUUAUCUAGUCAAUCACCAGCAUCUAGUCAAUCCCGUAGUAACGCGUCUUCGGAAUAUCGUCCGAAAAGUACAAACCGUGAAAGCAUGCCGGAUAUCAACGAGGUUUCCAGCAACAAAGUUUUCGGCGGAUGGCAGAAAGUCUAUUCGCACGAAAGCAAUGAACUGGGAUGUAAAAUGAACUUUGGGAUCUUCCUACCGCCGCAAGUAGACGAGGGCCCAGUACCCGUUAUUUAUUGGUUGUCUGGAUUGACUUGUACAGAAGCUAAUUUCGUUCAGAAAUCCGGCGCACAAAAAUAUGCUGCUGAGCAAGGAGUGAUUCUGGUUGUACCUGACACCAGUCCACGCAACGUCAAUGUACCCGGGGAAGAUGAUGAUUGCGAUUUUGGAACAGGUGCUGGAUUUUACGUCGACGCGACGAAUGCACCGUGGGACAAGAAUUACAGAAUGUACAGCUACGUUACCAAGGAGCUACCAGCUUUGAUCAAUGAGAAAUUUCCUGCUCUACCUCACGUGCAGUCCAUAAUGGGUCACAGCAUGGGUGGCCACGGAGCAUUGAUAUGUGCUUUGAAAAAUCCUGGCUUGUACAAGACUGUCUCUGCUUUCGCACCUAUAAGUAAUCCUAUCUGCUGCCCGUGGGGUAAGAAAGCUUUCUCCGGCUACUUGGGCGGAACAGACACAGAUCCUACAUGGAAAGAAUGGGAUGCCACGGAACUGGCUAAGAAGUACAAUGGACCACCUCUGGAUAUCUUGGUCGAUCAGGGAAAGAAAGAUCAAUUUUUAAAAGACGGCCAAUUGCUACCGGAGAAUCUGCUGGCAGCAGCGAAGGACGCUGGACUGUCGCUGGUUUUAAGGUUUCAAGAAGACUACGAUCACAGUUACUUCUUCAUAUCGACUUUCAUAGAGGAUCACAUUAAGUAUCAUGUGAAAUAUUUGAAAUCUUAAACAGUAUACCCUUGUUUACGUUAAUUCCUUUCGUACUAAUGGCUUUUAUACGAUGAGAGGAGUGCAUGUAAUGAUAAUUCGCUCGAUGAUAAAAAAAUUCUAUUUCCAAUAAAUUACUUACGCAAAUAUUA